UCCUUUCCUUCCCUUGGCGACCGACCAGCUGAGCUGAGGUGGAAGCGGCGGACAGCCCAACCCCGUCCCUGCACGUGCUCCUCGCUUCGCCCCCACUACCGCUCCACUCGUCACGCGUCCGUCCGUCCACUCCAGCUGCCGGCCGGCCCCCACUACCGCGACACGCUCCGCACGCGAUCUCCACUCGCUCCGUCCGUCCGGAUCCCCUUCCUCCCUCCCCAGCCAUGUCGUCGUCGUCGGACAACCCCAACACGGUCACCGACCGCGGCCUCUUCAGCAAGAGCAGCAAGGACGACGCCGCCGACAAGAAGAAGAAGCAGGAGGAGAAGACAGAGGAGGAGGAGGGCGGCGGCGGGUUCAUCGACAAGGUCAAGGACUUCAUCCACGACAUCGGGGAGAAGAUCGAGGAGGCGGUGGGGUUCGGCAAGCCCAGCGCCGACGUGGCCCGGAUCCACGUGCCCCACAUCGGCCUCCACCGCGCCGACCUCGUCGUCGACGUGCUCAUCAAGAACCCCAACCCGGUGCCCAUCCCGCUCGUCGACAUCGACUACCUCAUCGACAGCGACGGCCGGAAGCUCGUCGCGGGCCUCAUCCCGGACGCCGGCACCAUCCGCGCGCACGGCGAGGAGACGGUCAAGGUGCCCAUCACGCUCGACUUCGACGACAUCCGGAGCACCUACGCGGAUAUCAAGCCCGGGAGCAUCAUCCCCUACCUGCUCCGGGUCAUCUUCCUCGUCGACGUCCCCGUCUUCGGCCGCAUCAAGAUCCCGCUGGACAAGUCCGGCGAGAUCCCCAUCCCGUACAAGCCCGACGUGGACGUGGACAAGAUCAAGUUCCACCACUUCUCCUUCGAGGAGACGACGGCCACCAUCCACCUGAGCCUGGAGAACAAGAACGACUUCGACCUGGGCCUCAACCUGCUGCAGUACGAGAUGUGGCUCGGCGACGACAGCGUGGUGGAGGCGGAGCUCACCGACUCCACCAGGAUCGAGAAGCAGGGGAUCACCAAGAUGCAGAUCCCCUUCACCUUCAGGCCCAAGGACCUGGGCUCUGCCGUCUGGGACAUGAUCAGGGGCAGGGGCACUGGCUACAGCAUCAAGGGCAAGAUCGAUGUCGACACACCCUUUGGCAACAUGAAGCUGCCCAUCGACAAAGUCGGCGGUACCACUCGCCUCAAGAAGGACGACGACGACGACGAGGAGUGAAGUGCUGUUACUGAACAUACAAGAUAGUCAAGCAGGGAGCCAGGGAGGAUCCAGCUGAACUCUUCCCUCUAGCUUAUGGUAUCUUUGUUGAUGGCAUCAUCCGAACAUCGUCCGUGUUUUUAUGUUUCGGUGCUCAGUGUUCUUCGUGGGAACUCAUCCAGUGUGUAUUCUUUCCGUGUUAACUUUGUCAAGUGCAAACAGACCUGAGAAUAAAUUCCAUCGCCCCUUUCUUGUUUGUGGGUUAUGAUGUUAGCCUUCUUCAGCCAAAA